CAUUCAGAGAGACGAAAGAAGCUGCUGCGUACAGAAAAUGGCUGACAGAUUUUCUAGGUUCAACGAAGAACGUGAUUUCCAGGGGGGAAAUCACUUUGACCAGUAUGAAGAGGGCCAGUUGGAGCUGGAGCAGGCGUCCCUGGACAAGCCCAUAGAAUCGGAUAACAUUGGGCACCGGCUGCUUCAGAAACAUGGCUGGAAGCUGGGGCAAGGACUGGGCAAAACCAUGCAGGGACGCACCGACCCUGUGCCCAUCAUCCUCAAAUAUGAUGUCAUGGGGAUGGGCCGUAUGGAGAUGGAGUUGGACGUUGCCGAAGAUGCUACAGAGAAGAGGAAAGUGCUGGAGGUGGAGAAGGAAGUCACAGAGGAAUUACAGCAGAAAUACAAGGACCAGGUGGAAAAGGAGAAGGCCAUCGCUAAAGCCCUGGAAGACCUGAGGGCCAACUUUUACUGUGAGCUGUGUGAGAAACAGUACCAGAAGCACCAAGAGUUUGACAACCACAUCAACUCGUACGACCACGCUCAUAAGCAGAGGCUUAAGGAGCUGAAGCAGAGGGAGUUUGCGAGAAACGUGUCAUCGCGCUCACGGAAGGGUGGGAAGAAGCAGGAGAAGCUGCUACGCAGGCUGCAUGAGCUAGCUGAGCAGAGGAAACAGCAGAACCGUACCCCGGGAAGUGGUCCCAUGUUCAAACCCACCACCGUGGCAGUAGACGGGGAGAAGGGUGAAGAGGGGAGUGCUGUAACCCCCGAGUAUGUUCCCCCUGCAGACACUGCCAUGGAGGGCUUGUCAGGGGAGGAGAAGAGCAGUGGGGAUCAGGCCUCCCCCAAACCAGCCACCACCAUCAACUUCUCCCUGGGGAAGAGCAGCUCAUCCCCGGCCGGGGCCUCCAAGGUCAGCGUGUCCUUCUCCUUCGCCAAGAAACCCCCGGUGAAGCUGGAGACGGUCGCAGCAGUGUUCGCUAAACUCCAUCAGGAUGACGAGGAGGAGGAGGA